GGUUUCCUCUCUGCUUUUGUCACUUUAGUCUCAAUAAUUUCCCCCGCAUUCUUCCCCUUGGUCUCCAAUUGUCAAAUACGGGGAUAAAAUCCAUGUAGAUCCCGCCCCCCCCCCCCCCACCUUUUUCUCUCUGUCUCUGUCGGCUUCAGAUUUUACCCCAUUUUCUCUCUCGGUUCUCAAAGGUCAGUUUAAAAUCUCCUUAAGCUUCGGGAUAUUCCCCCCCCCCCGUUUUACCUGCAGCCAGUUGUCCUUUUGUAAAGUUGUGUGCCCCCCUAGAGGGGUAGGCGGCUGUAGGGGCACAGCCUGGGAGAGCCCUGAGAGGCGGCUGGCUCUGGGGUGGGGACGGGGCGGCCGCUCUCUGCCAGCAACAGGGCCUGGCAGGGGCAGAGCAGUGAAAGGCAGGAGCAAGUGUCACCGGGGGAGUGACCAGUCCCAGCUCUUGCCUUCCCAGUGCAAGACCCACAAGCCGCCAGCUGCCAAUGCCCCCUCCCCGGCAGCCUUCCCGAGCCGUAGGGCACCCCUGCUCUCUUAAAGUGGCCUCCCAAAGGGCUCCCUGCUGCCCGCAUGGUGAUGGUGGAGGGGGAGAACCAUCCCUGUCUGGGUGGUUCUUGGUUUCAGAGCAGCAGCCGUGUUAGUCGGUGUCCGCAAAAAGGACAGGAGGACUUGUGGCACCUCAGAGACGAGCCACUUGGUUUGAGCGCGAGCUUUCGUGGGCUACCGCUCACUUCCUCGGCUGUGUGUUCAUUGAACGUUCACAUGCAGGCUGUCUCCCUUUCCCCUCCCCCUGUUGAAUCUCCCUCUGCUCUCGGUGCUUUUCUCUCGUCUUUUCAAAUACUUCGGCUUUGACCCAUUUUCUUUCCAAUUCUUAAAGAUUGAUAUAGCCCCCCCCAAAAAAUUUGCCCCGUUUUCUCUCUAGUUAUCGAUGACUAAUUGAAUAGGCCCAGAGAUUCUUCCCUUUCUCUCUAAUUAUAAAUUGUUAACAUAGAAUAUCCUCCAAAUUUGUUUGUCUCAGAUUCUCGACGGUUGAUCUAAAAUCCUUCCACGUGUUGCCCCUUUUUUCGAAAUAUAAAGUAUUCAUAAGAAUUUUGCUCACAUUUUACCCCUGCCUAUUAUCAGUUAGUGAUCUAAAAUCCCUCACGUUUUCUUCUCUGCUUUGUGCAAAUGGGUGGCAAAAUCCUAAAAUUUCCCCCUUCUCUGGUUAAUUUGUGAACACUGGUAUCAAAUCUCAGGUUUUGCCAUUUUCUAUGCAGUUACCAAAUAUCGGCUGACAAUCCUCCCCGUGGAGGUGUUCCCCAUCUGUUGCAAUCCCAGCAGCUUCCCCUGUCUGGAGGGAACCUGUUGCCCCAAGUCAUUCUCCAGAUUGGAAGUUGCAGGGGGGCUAGAUUCCCCAGUGAUCAACUUUCCCCUCUGAUUUGAGAAUCGUUUGUCUCAUCCUUUAUAGCAGGGGGUCCCAAACGCGCGGCCCGCGGGGUUAUUUUCUGUGGCCCGCCAGCUCCCCACGCCCCCCCAGCAUUUACCUAGAGCAGCUCCGGCCCGGUGCGCACCGGGGGCAGGGCAGGAGGGGCGGGAGGGGCACAGGGGUCUGUGUGUUGCCCUGGCCGCUCCUCCAGGUACCUCCCCCGAAGCUCCCAUUGGCCGGGAACGGGGAACCAUGGCCAAUGGGAGCUUCGGGGAAGGUACCUGGAGGCACCUGCCCCCGGUGCGCACUGGGCCGGACCCGCCCCCCCCAAACCUCUCCUGCAGCCGAACCCCCUGCCCUGAGCCCCCUCCUGCACCCCACACCCCUCCUGCACCCCGACCCCCUGUCCUGAGCCCCCUAAGUCGAAAAUGGUUACUUUUCCCAUUUUCUGAAAUCCAGAGUUGUGCCCAGUAGAUUCCAAAGGCUUAUAGGACAUUGUGCGUUUGGCCCCGUGCUGGGUCGCUAGCGUCACUCCCUGGCUGCCCGGUCUUGUGUUCUGGAUAUUUCGGUGAUGUGCGGGGCAGAGUCUGGAACAUCUGUCAGCAGGGGAAGAGCCUGGGGGUGGGGAAUUCGGAUGUGAUAUAAACCGAAGCUUGUUCUGAAAUCUCCCCAAAUGCCCUUUGUCCUCCCAGGGGACAGGGAAGGCAAGGGGCUGCCGUGAAGCCAGUCGAGGUAUGGGAUGGUCAGGGAGUUGCUGGAGGGAGGGGAGCGGUAAACACCCUGGAGUUGGGAGCAUUUGAGGGUUUGGUCGGGAGAUGGGCAGGUGGCGGGAAAUACACAGGCUGGAGAAAGCGAGGGGCCAUGGGGUUACUAAGCUGCUGGGACUGGUUUACCCUGGGGCUAGAGUCUAAGAACGGACCCAUGCGGCCUGGGGGUGUGUGUGUGUGUGUGUAAAUUCCCUAAUUUGUGGAAAGGAAACCAAGUCCUUGGACAGGGGGCUGGGAACAUGCCCCAGACUCCCAGUGCUGGACCUGACCUCACUAACCAGCGGCUGGUGUGAGAUACGAAGGGGGAACCCAGCAAUGAGGCUUAGGGGAGAUGCCCCAUCCCGUCACAGGAAGCUGCUAGGAAAGGGAAAGUUGUUGAGAUUCCUACCGGGGGCGAUUCUCGUGGACCAUGCCGGAGGCUCCAUCUCCUGCGUCACCUUUUGGCUACUAGGUGUUGGGAUGGAGAAUGAGAACGAGAAGCAGAAUCCUCAGGAGGAAGAUGCUGAGCAAGUGGAAGCCCAGCAGAGAAUCCUCACGGAAGAGAGAAAAAACACAUGUACUGAGUGUGGGAAAAACUUCAGUAACCGCUCGGGCCUUAUUAACCAUGAGAGAAUCCACACAGGGGAGAGACCGUAUGAAUGCAGUGAGUGCGGGAAAAACUUCCCUCGGAGCUCACACCUUAUAAUACAUCAGCGAAUGCACACAGGCGAGCGCCCCUAUGAAUGCAGUGAGUGCGGGAAAACCUUCAGUAACCACUCAGACCUUAUUCGACAUCAGAGAACUCACACAGGUGAGCGGCCCUAUGAAUGCCGUGAGUGUCGGAAAACCUUCAGUUACCGCUUAGCCCUGAUUGAACACCAGCGAAUCCACACGGGGGAAAGACCUUAUGAAUGCAGUGAGUGCGGGAAAACCUUCGGUUACCACUCCGAUCUUAUUAGACAUCAGAAAGCCCACGCAGGAGAGAGACCUUACGAAUGCUGUGAGUGUAGGAAAAGCUUCGCUGAUAGAUCAGCCCUUAUUAAUCAUCAGAGAAUUCAUGUGGGAGAGAGACCCUAUGAAUGCCGUGAGUGUGGGAAAAGCUUCAGUUACCGAUCAGACCUUACUACGCAUCAGCGAACCCACACCGGAGAGCGGCCCUAUAAAUGCAGCGAGUGCGGGAAAGGCUUCAGGCAGAGCUCACACCGCAUUCGACAUCAGAAAAUCCACACAGGAGAGAGGCCCUAUAAAUGCUGUGAGUGCGGGAAAGCCUUUGCUGACAGUUCAGUCCUUAUUACGCAUCAGAGAAUCCACACGGGUGAGAGGCCCUAUAAAUGCUGUGAGUGCGGGAAAGCCUUUGCUGACAGCUCCGCCCUCAUUAGACAUCAGAGGAUCCACACAGAAGAGAGACCCUAUAGAUGCACUGACUGUGGGAAAGGCUUCCAUCAGAGCUCAACUCUAACUAGCCAUCACAGAAUCUGCAAGGGCUAUAAACACCCUGAAAACCUUCUCUAGGGCUGACAAAAUAUAUUUUUUUGCCUAAUUCCCAUUUAGUGGCCAUUGGCACCAUUUGAUUCACUGUGUUUCCUGAGCUAUCCCAGACGAUUUACCUGCUUUUGCCUUUUGCCGCUCAACCUUUGGGGUUAAUCCCAUGGUCCUUUCUUUCAGCCCCUUUUUCCGAAGAGUAAGCCCCUUCGUUUUCAGUUUAAACCAAUUUUUACCGAAAAAAUCUUGGGUUCGACAAAAAGAAUUAUUCGGGUUUUUUCUUCCGAUUUUCACCCUACUUUUGUAUCAUUCAAAUGUAUAAAAAAUAACUUGUUUUAUUAGGGAAAUACAAGGCAUGGUGUGAGCUAGAUAUAUUACGAUAAUACAUGAGCCUGUGUGUCUAUGCAAAGCUGCCUGGUGAAGUAAGGCUCUGUAUUCGUCUAGAAGAUACACACAACAAACAAACAGGUGUGCACACACAAACUCUGAAGCGCGGGCGCAUCUGAACAUACGGAUGAAUCUCACGCCCAUCACGUACACAUUUCAAGCUGUUAGCAGAUGACGGUGUAAAGAUCUGACACGCUAAAAUUGGAAGAAAAUGAAAAUCUGCAUCAGAAUAUGUUUCAGGACCCAAGUACGUAUUCAAAUGUUUUAAAAAAACAGAAACAGGGAGGAAAGGAUGACGUUGAGCGUAUGUGCUCCAAAUGGUGGGGCCCUAUUAUUACGUGGAAAUAUUUAUCGGCUGAUGGUUCUUCGUCUACAACAAUAAGCUGUUUAUUCAAAUGACAAGUUUUAUUUGGGGACUAAAGACAUUAUUGUCUUAAACUCAGAGGUGGCGUUGUGUUUUGAGCUCUGAUUCAGUUGUGCCACAAACCACCUUGAAUUCCAUUCAUCAAAGCAUUAAUCUGCUGAAUACUUCCCCCCCCCCACCCCGUCCUUCUGUCCACCAAAAUAAACCCCAGUAUUUACCCAGAAAAAUUAAUCGUUUUUUCCACUGAUUUUUCACCUGUUUUUGUUGUUGUAGAAAUAAACUCCGAUAAAUUCCCGGGAAAAAUUAAAUAAAAUAACAACCGAAAACAAGUUUCAGAGGAGCAGCCGUGUUAGUCUGUAUUCGCAAAAAGAAAAGGAGGACUUGUGGCACCUUAGAGACUAACCGAAAACAAAGGGCCCUACCUAUGCGUCAUGGGAGUGUGUGUCCCUGCUACCAUCAAUCCCAGGUGGGGGAGAGAGGGGUAAUCUUGACUAGCUACAUCGAGUUAAAAUCUCUCUGGGCCUCAUCUCCGCUCUGCUUUUCCACGGAGUUAGCUCGCUCGAGUUAGCUGUCCUGAUGUGAAAACACAACUAUUCUUGCAGUGAAGACACAGCCCAUGUGUACUGGCCAGGGUUGUUUCCUCAUGACUUGACCUAACCUCUCUCACUUCGACUAGUCUAACUGAACAGACCUGGAGCACGUAUUUCUACUCUUCCUCCCACUGCGAAGAAGUCACUAGAGUCCCUAAGUUCCCCCUUUAGGGAAAAAUUGUCUCAUUCCCCGUUGUUCUCACGUUGCCCUGUUGGUUACUGGACAGCAGAUAUUUAUAGUACCGUUUUUCUCAUUUAAAAUAGAUUUAAGCAGGAGCAGAGGCAUGUAAAAAUGUCAUUUCUGCCCCUCUAACACCAGAGCGAAAUGGGAUGAAUCAAAGGAAUUCCCUUCUUCCCUACCAUCCCAGCAGUGUUAAACUCUGCCCGGCUCAUACAGAAGGUAUCUUCUUCACAUGCUGCUUGCCCACCUCCCAACGUGUGAGGUGAUGCAGUGUUCCCAGGCCUCUGUGCUUUGAUUUCUUUGAUCCCAAAUCCGACUCUUAGGCCUGGAGAUGAAAGUGUCACAGACUUUAAAGGGCCAUUUGAAUUGACCUCAAACAAAGUGUGAUCAUGCAAAGUUUAUAUCCCAGUUUUCCACUUCUGGGCUUUUCCCCUCCUGAAUUGGGAUUGUUUGCAGGUGGGAACAUUUGUAUGAUGAUGCUGAAACUCUUGUAAAGAACUUGACUCAAUAAUAAUGAGACAGCACUGAGUGAAGUAAGUUUGAACGGACCAGAGGAGAAUGUGAUGAGAGAAUCUGUUGUCCUGAUUCUGAGUCAUCAGAUGUAACCUGCUCUGGAAUUUUGCUUAAUAUGUAGGGUGACCAGAUAGCAACUCUGAAAAAACAGGACAGGGGGUGGGGGUAAUAGGUGCCUAUAUAAGAAAAAGUCCCAAAAUACGGGACUGUCCCUUUCAAAACAGGACAUCUGGUCACCCUAUUAAUAUGAAACUGAAAAUGUUGUAUUCCUCUCUGUGAUGUGGGUUUUUCUUCUCUUUACCAAAGGCUAUUGGUAUUAAUUUUGUUUGGCAGAGUAUAGCUCAGAAUUCUUGGGGCUUAGAGACAUAUGACCAUUUGCUAAAAGUCAUUUCUUACUUAAUUUGUUGCUUUUUCCACUCCCCUUCAUGAUCACCUGGAGAAAGUUCCGUCAAGAGGAGAGGAUACUCUAAGCUAUUGGACAUGCUACCAAGGAAACAGUAAUAUUUUUACAUCUCUACUUUCAAAUGGUGAGCAGCGGCAGAACCCAGAUUGUGUAACUAACUGAAGUAAACAGACACGAUCAUGCUUUGUUCAGUUGUUUAGGGCAGUAUUUUCUCAGAUGAUCUGGAGAGAGAAUUCCAUAGUAAGUGACCUAGAACUAGGCAAUAUGAACCUGUAUUUCCCAGAUAGUUGUGAUCCGGACCCUACAGGAAAUUAUUCCUGAAGAUACCUCUGAUCUAAUCCUAUGAUUUGGAAAAUGCUCUCCUUAACUAUGCAGAUAAGGAGGCAAAAGAAGUGGUAUUUUCAAUGAACUCACGCUCUGUAGUUGCUGAAAAUGUGUAUAAAGUGAAGUCACAGUUGAAUGUUAGCUGACCGAGAUUCUAAUCCCAGGCCUGUAUCGAGUUUUCUAACUUAGACCUGUGCCACCAGACUAAAGAAAUGAACUGGGCAUGUUUGGGGAAGCCGUUCCUCACUAGCGCGGCUGAGAUUCUGGGUGGCUUGGUGGACGGUUCUACUCCAGAGAAGUGUGAAUUUACCCUGACAAAGGUCAAAGAUUUGGGAAGAGUUCAGGUAGAAGUAGCAGGCACCCACUGGCUGGCUCUCACCCCGGCCAAGGAAGCUGUGAAGAACUAUGUCCAAGUCAAACUAUUUUUAGAACAACAUUCUCUAGUUCAGUGGCCCCGAUUACAAUCCCAUAGUUAGGUUGGGAACAAUUGUCCUUUACCAUUUGGAUCCAGAGUUUCAUGAAGCAAAGAAAGAAACAGCUGAUGCCUUUAGAGGACAGCCCUUCCCCGUGGAUCCCAGUCUGGCUGCCUGCUUGACACGUUCCAGAUUCAGACUGCAGGAUACUCAGAUGUUGAGUCCUGAUUCCAUGCUUUUUUCUCGUAGGUUUGCUCUUGUGUAUUGUGUAGUUACAUCAUUUUCCCUCCACCUCCGGCUUCUCUGAAAGAUUUUAAAAAGGUGAAAAUCGAAGAGAGGUGCUUUUUCUCAUGGUACAGGCCUUCCCACCGAGUGUGAGACCCCCUUCCACCAACACUUGUGGGAGAAGACAGACAGACAGACAGAUAGAUAGAUAUAGAUAUACAUGAACUCACUGAAGUGGAAAGCAUCUAAACCACAACCCUAUAGAAGUAUUCCCUAAGUGGAAUUGGAGAUGAACAGAAAGUGAACAUGUAUGAUAAGAUUUUGAAUAUGUGACUGUUACCAGUGCGAAUGAAAGUAAACAGGAAAUUAAUGAUUCGUUGAAGAACAAAAGUCUGAGGUUAAAACACAAGUUACCUCAGAAAACUGAGAGUUAUACUGUAUGACAAAGUACCCAGUCUUGGGUACUUUCACUCGCCUACUUGCGCCAAGGGAGUUCUGUUUAUGUUUUAUUUUAAGUUUAGAUUAAUUGUAUUAGAACAGGCUGAUGACACUAAAUAAAGAAAAUACUUUGUGAUGGAAA